UCUCUUGGCUCACUUUUGCUUCCUUCGCUAAUAAAAAUAUCUAAUUGGUUUAGUUUUUAUUGUUGCACCUGCCUAUUCUUAGACAUUUUUGUUAACACAGUUCCUGUCCUAUUUAGUAAAUAGUUACGUAAUCCAAAAAGUAUAAAAAAACGAUGCUUAGUAAAGUUCUCCUAUCCACCGAUGUGGCUUUAGUAUGUACACAACAUGCUUUAUCAACUGAAAAAGAAGAAAUUAUGGGAUUGCUUAUUGGAGAGGUUCAUGAUGAUGGAAGUCUUGUUUCAAUAGUAUCUUCAGUAAUUCUGCGAAGAUUAGACAAGAAACCUGAUCGUGUAGAAAUAUCUGAAGAGCAGCUUGUACAGGCAACACUAAGAGCAGAAGAGUUGGCAGCUGAAGUGGGCAGACCUCUAAGGGUAGUUGGAUGGUAUCAUUCCCAUCCACAUAUUACAGUUUGGCCUUCACAUGUUGACCUUGCAACUCAGUCAAUGUAUCAACGAAUGGACUCCAGUUUUGUUGGCAUUAUAUUUGCCGUAUUUUUGACUGAACAGUCCACAAAAGCUCCAUCGAUUCAGAUAACUUGUUUCCAAUCUGUCAAUGAAGGUUCAUCCCAAAGUAGAAAGGAAAUAGAAAUGGAAAUAAUUAAUAAUAAUGACUCUUUAAUUGCAAACAACUUUCAAAUAUUAACGCAAUUACCAGCAAUACUUAAAGAAGAAGAGGAUGAAUCGUACAACACUGAAGUUGGAUACGAUGAUAGUGACGAUAUUAUAAACAAACAACAUAAUGCGGCUGUCAGAACUAUUGCAAUCGGGCACAUAGUUGAAAAGAUGUCAAGACCUAUGUUAGAAGCGUUAGUAGCCCGGAAUGCAUUAAAUACAGUGAGACUUACAGCAUUGAAGAAACAUCACCAGGAGUUAAUGGCCCGAUUAGAAAACGUGUCUGCUACGUAAUGUUCGUGGAUUUUAGUAACGCAUAUGAGAUGCAAUAUUUUGUAAAAUAAAUAAACCUAUUUAUAAGACGAAA